AUGGUACAGUCGUUUACACCGGAGUAUUCCAAUGAGCUUUUCAAGUUUGUACAGGAGGUUUAUUCGCAAGAUAUAGCUCACUAUUUCCCCAAGCUAAAGUUAGAAAAACUGAUAGAUCUUUUGGAACAUGCGGAAUACCUGUUCGAGUCAUAUCGUAAUCUACUCAACAGCGGUCAGAAUGAUGAAGCUCUAACAGCGUUUGUGAUAGGGUGCUUUUACAUAUUUUUGAUCGUGCCCCACUCGAUUCAAUUCCACUCCAGGAACAAAUCCUACGGGAUCUAUUCCGAUCUGAAGAAGUACUAUCAGGAGGAGUCGAAUAUGACGAAUGUUUUGCUAAUGGUCACUAACAAAAUCGAUUCUUUGCUGAAAACUGAAAUUGCUGAAUCGGAAGCGGCGAAAAUUACUCGAAGAAGGGCAUACUCCGUGCCCAGCAAAAGCCUCGAAAAACAGCUGCGCUUGUUGCAGGUGUCCAAUGCGGAAGAUCCUCUACCAGAAGUGCCUGGCGAAUCGAACUCGGAUAAUGAAUCAACUAUGUGGACCGCCCCCCAACUAGAUCCCAAUGAUCAGUUAAAACUUGCUUUGGCACCGGCUAUAUCCCCAUCCUCGUCGGCAUCGUCGGCGUUGAAUGAAGACUACUCGAGGGCCUCCAGAGACUCCUCCUUACCCCCCUUGGAUGAUCCGGAGAUGUCCUUCACGAGGACCAUGACAGAACCUCGUCUUCGUCACGCCAGCAUACCAACAUCUAGCCCAUCUUCUGACGAUCCGGAUACUCUUGCUCCUGUCAACAAUAUAUACUCCCAGGAUGUCGACCGCUUUGUGACCCACAGAAAAGACUCAUAUCAUUCAGUUUACAUGAUGAAUGAGGAUUAUGAUGAUGAUCUGAUAUUCAAUUUAACGCGUCUUCAGAAACAGUCUGUCAUUACGUGUGAUAAAUUAAUGGACAUUCUCAAUGGAUCGGACAAAAAUGAGCUGCUAUUAGUAGAUUUAAGAUUGGCCAAAAGAUUCAAACGUAAUCACCUUGUUGCUCAUAAUAUAGUCAAUAUUGACCCCAAGAUUUUAUGGGAUUCUCAGACGCAUGCACCAUUAUACUCAGAUUCACAACUUGAGUCAGUCCUUGCAAAUCCCACGUUCAAUGACCGUGCAAAAUUCAAGCAUAUAGUUUAUUACACUGAUAUGAGCACCUUUUUGCAUGUGGAGUUUGACUACCAGUUGGUUUUUUUCCAGCUCUUAUACACAUCUUCAACGGAGCUACUUUGUGUUCCCAAGGUUCUUCUUGGUGGCUAUGAACAAUGGAAAAAGUAUAUUAGCACGUAUGCAUCAAAUCACAGCAUUGAUAAAAAUGACUAUUUGUACAGACCGAGUCAUGCUGAGAAGAAACUUGAAACACCACCUAUUCCGAAGGCCAGUCCUCCUGCUAUACCACAUCCAACAACAGCCCCUCCUCCCUUGCCAUCCGUGCCUCCACCGCAGCUUGAAUCUACUAAACCUUUACCAGAGAAUAAACUCAAACGCGCCCCUAUGCCAUUACCCGAGAAAUUACCUUCAAAUGCUCUCAAUGUGGUGUCCUCCGCUCACCAUCAUCGGCAUCCAAAGAAUAAUCAAAACUACGCGAAUCGGCAAAGAGUAACAACAACUAUACCGUCUCUUCCAAAAUUUCAUGUGAGUGUUCCCACUAUUGAACAAAGCCCCAAUGCAUAUGUUGCUUUAUCCAUUACAGGAUUAAGAAAUUUAGGAAGUACGUGCUAUAUCAAUAGUAUGCUUCAAUGUCUCUUUGCAACAAGAAGCUUCAGAGAUAUUUUCCUGUCCUCCAAGUACCAGGAGUAUUUCUCUCAUAACUACCACAAGCCUAACCAGUUAUCAAAAUCCUUUAAUAUGCUUUUCAAAAAAAUGUACAUGAAUGGUGGUUGUUCUGUGGUUCCUACAGGAUUUUUAAAAGCUUGUAAUGCAUUAAGACCCGAUUUGAAAAUCCCGUAUGACCAGCAAGACACUCAGGAAUUUUUGUUGUUCCUUUUGAGUCAACUGCAUGAUGAACUUUCAGAUCCUGAUCAUGUAGCUGCUGACUUUCCUAAUUUGGUUUUGCAUGAUGAUGAUCAAUUAAAAGUCGAUCAUAAGGAAUAUAAUAAAUGGUUCGAGAACAAUAUUAUGAAAAAUGGAAUUUCACCUAUUGAUGACAUUUUCCAAGGUCAAAUGGAGAAUAGUUUGCAGUGUGAGAGAUGUGGUUAUUGUUCUUACAAUUACUCUAUCUUUUAUGUCUUAUCUCUUGCAAUUCCUAGCCACUCUUCUACCUUUGGCAAAAGCAAGAAGGUAAAACUUGAAGAUUGCAUUAAUUUAUUCACUAGUGAUGAAGAGUUAACAGGUGAAAAUGCAUGGGACUGUCCAAAAUGUGGUUCAGCCGCUUCAGGAAGUGGUCCAGAGGGUGAUAAAAAGCGGAAAAGAAGGUUUUUAUUGAGCAGCGAUCACCCUACUAGUAAUAGAAGCAAGUUUUUCAAAUUACACUCAAGAUCUCGGAGUAGAUCUGAAUCACCAUUUGGAAGACUUAAUAAUAAUCCCGAAAAAUGGAAGUCUAAAAAGCUAUCUACAAUCAAAACUUUGAAUUUUAUUACUCUUCCUCCUGUUUUGACAAUUCAUCUUUCCAGAUUCUAUUACGAUUUAACCAAGAAAAACAAUACUGUUGUAACAUAUCCUCUCAUAUUGAGUAUCGUUUUGAAGAAUGAUGAAGUUGUCAAUUAUAGACUCUACGCAAUUGUUAAUCAUUUUGGAAACUUGAUAAGUGGGCACUAUACAUCCUUGGUGAACAAGGAUCUGAGACAUGGGAUUAGGCAUGGAUUACAAAAAUGGUACUAUUUCGAUGAUGAAGUGGUAAAACGUGAUAAUAAUCAUGGUGAUUUCGAUGCAGGUAUCACCGGAAUCUCCAGCAGCGACGUAUAUGUGCUAUUUUACGAAAGGAUUAAUGAAUGA